ACUGGACAUUCUUGCUGGUUGGCAAGUAGUGCUUCGAGGCAUUUGUGCGCGGUGGUCGUGUCUUUCGAGUAUCCCCCGGACUGGAAAUUUCUUCAGGUUCAUCUCUCGAGAUUCAAUAGGCUUCGACCGUUCGCGCAAAGGUUGCGGAAAAAAUUUAACGCGUAGGGAAAUGUGGAGAGUGACGGAGGAGAGGAUAGGAAUACGAGAUAGAGCAGAAAUUUCGUUGUCGUUGCAUCGAUCUUUGCCCCGGCGCAGUUAUCCGUCAUCGUUGCUCGAAUUAAGAUCUGCUCCACUUCGACGAACAGUUUCCACCGCCGAGUACGAGAUCUCGUGAAACAACAAAAAAAAAAAAAAAAAGGGAGAGAAAAAAAGGAAAGCCUGUCCAGCGAGAACCACGAGAUGAUCGACGGCCAGUGAGGGAAGGUUUUGCAACGGCCAAGCGAAAGUUAUAAGGCUAUCCAGAUCAAAAUGGGAAAGGGAAUGUUCUCCGUGAGUGAAAAGCAACAAGUAUGCCAGCUAUUCUUCGUCCAAGUCGUCCUAAUCGUCCUAAUGGGCGCGUUGAUGACGUACGGGCCAGAGGCGGACGCUAAUUUACUAAAAAAUCACACAGGCGACCACGGCCGGAAACAUGUCAAGGAGCCGGAUACGGACCCAUUACGAGUUUAUCCGAUGUAUCAAGAUGUCCACGUGAUGAUCUGGAUCGGAUUCGGCUUCCUGAUGACGUUUCUAAGGAGGUACGGGCAGAGCGCGAUAGGACUGACGUUCCUCCUCGGCGCCAUUUUGGUCCAAGUUGCUAUGAUCUGCGAGGGGGUGGUGCACAUGCAGAAGAACAAUACGUCCUAUUUGUCGUUGAAAAGCCUGCUGAGCGCGGACGUUGCUGUGGCCACCCCGUUGAUAUCCAUGGGCGCUUUGCUCGGCAAGACGACCUAUAUGCAGCUAGUGUUCAUGGGUAUUCUCGAGCUGAUCGUGUUCACCGUGAACAAGUACGUGGGCGAGCAUCUGCUUAUGGCCGUCGAUGCGGGUGACAGUAUGUUUGUCCACGCAUUCGGAGCAUACUUUGGACUUGCUGUUAGUUUCGUAUUUGGGAUGAAGGACAAGCCCAAGGAACAUCAUCUCGAGGGACCAUCCUACAACUCCGACAUUUUCGCGAUGAUCGGCACGGUAUUCCUGUGGCUGUUCUGGCCGUCGUUCAACAGCGCCGCUCUAGAAGGAGACGAUCAGCAAAGAGCCAUUAUAAACACCCUUCUGUCGAUCUCGUCCGGCUGUGUGAUCGCGUUCGCGACCUCCGCCCUGGUCUCCAAGGAUAGCAAAUUCAACAUGGUACACGUGCAGAACUCGACGUUGGCCGGCGGUGUAGCCAUCGGCACCGCGGCAGGCAUGAUGUGCAAACCGGUGGGUGCUUUGGUCGUUGGCGCUCUGGCUGGACUACUCAGCGUACUCGGCUACAAAUAUCUCACGCCACUGAUCCAAAAACGUCUGAGGAUUCACGACACGUGCGGCGUGCACAAUCUCCACGGGAUGCCCGGCGUUUUGGGCGGUAUCUUCGGUGCGCUGAUGGCAGGCCUCGCUAAUGAAGCUUCUUACGAUUAUUCCCUUUACGAGAUCUUUCCCGCGAGAGCACCAAGCUCUGAAGCAAAGUUAGCUGAGAUGAGGGACAAUUAUGGUAUAUCAGCUGGGCUUAACAGAACAGCAGGGGAGCAGGCUGGCUAUCAAUUAUUAGUACUAGCAAUUACAGUGGGAAUCGCUAUCGUUUCAGGAUUAAUAACAGGUUUAAUGAUGCGGAUGUCAAUCUGCGGUUCUAUUUCCGAGGAGCAAAAAUUCGACGAUGAAGCCCACUGGGAAUUGGAAGAGGAAUCUUCACAGGAGUCGAAAGUCAAAGAAGGGAACAGCUGUGGCGGCGAUCAACUGCCAAUGGCCCAUAUCUGAAGCGGGUGCUUAUAGUAUAUCGAUAUAUCGAUAUAUCGAUUUAUCAAUAUUAUAUAUCGAUAACAGCAGAAGAUUCCGCUUGCAUAUGAAUGCAAAUAAAGGAAGAAAUUAGAACCGUAAACCUAGAAAAAUUUGUAAAAUUUAUUAAACAAUUUGUUAAACAUCGUAUUCGACGCGUAUUUGACGCGUAUUCGACUGAUGCAACAAUACACAGUCGGUUAUUUCAUACAUAUUCAACAGGUAUCAAAAAGUGGACUAGAGAAAUCAAUAUUACAGAAAACGGACCACGUAAAAUGAAACAAUUAUGGAAAGAAAAGCGAAGCAUACAAAAAAUGUAUGGUAUUCCAUUUUCUUUCUUUUAAUUGCAUUAUUUAUAUUUUUUAGAAUAUUCUAUAAAUUUUUACGGUAAAUCAUUUAUAAGGGCGAGCGUUUCUAGGAAUAGCAGUAUUUAUCGGAUCGUCUAGCGUAUUAAAAUAAUUAUUGUAAAAGCACUAUAGAUCGAUCAGAAAUAAUGCAUAUUUAAACAUGAUAAUAUAUUAUUCUUGCUAAACUUUUUGUAUAUAAUUAUAAUAAUAAUGGUAAUAGAGAUAAUUCAUUCCUUAAAAUUGUCAAUAACAAUCCAUCGAAAUUUUAAUUAUUUUUUUUUAUGUAAUAAGUUUAAUAUCGUCUUUUAGUAUUCAAAUCAACAAUUACUUCAUUAACGCAUGUACCACCACUUUUGCGUUUAAUGAUUUCAAAUCGGUAUAAGUUUGCCCUGUCCCAAUGAAAACGAUAGGUUGUCCGGUAAUAUAGGUCAUAGAAAUCGCCGCGCCUACCUGAAAAUCCAGAAACAAUAUAAAUAAUAAAUAAUAUAACAAUA